UGGGGAAGAGGCCGGGGAGGUUAUUCGAGUCCAGGAGCUACCAGCCCAGCAGAGAGCCAAGCUGUGGAAGAUUGCGCUGAAUGUGGCAGGUAAAGGAGACAGUCUGUCCUCGUGGGAUGGAGUCCUGGAUCUUCCAGAACAGAACCUUAUACACACCCGCUGCCAGCAGCUCAUUGACCAGCUGGGGUGCGUGGCGGAGGAGGAGGGGCGUGACAUGGUGUCUGACGUAGAGUCUGUCAUCACGUUCUACUGUAAGUCCCGAAACAUCACCUUCACCCCUGACCUCUCCUGGCCACACCUCCUCAAACCCCUGCUGGGCCUGCAGCUGCCCCGCUCCGAUCUCUACAACUGCUUCUACGCCAUCAUGAAUAAAUAUAUCCCACGGGACUGUGUAGUGAAGGGCCGUCCGUUCCACCUGUACAGACUGCUGCUUCAGUAUCAUGAACCAGAACUCUGCUCCUUCCUCGACACCAAGAAGAUCACCCCAGACUCCUACACUAUACACUGGCUAGGCAGUCUGUUCUCCAGCCACUGCCAACCAGAGGUGACUCAGGCCAUGUGGGACUUUUACCUCCAACAGGCUGACCCUUUCCUCAUCUUCUUCCUGCUGCUCAUCAUCCUCGUCAAUGCCAAAGAUAACAUCCUGCAACAAGAAGGGGACAGUAAAGAAGAUAUCAUUAAGAUGUUGGAGGACUCUCCUGCCCUGUUAGAGGCUGAUGAUAUAGAAGACCUGUUCUCUCUGGCCCAGUAUUACUGGAGCAAGACCCCUCUGUCUCUCAGAAAGGAGAACCAGAACUUGUUUGGGUCCAGCCUGGUGGCACUGAAGGAGGAAGACAUGGAUCUGAGUCAGGCUCUCUGUCUCCCUGUGUCUGUCCCUGAGAUACUGCAGGCCAACCAGCUGCAGCCUGUGAGUAACAACACCCCUGAGGAAGGGGUUCGGUUCUUUGUGGUGGACUGUCGACCUGCUGAGCAGUACAACGCUGGACACCUCUCUACUGCCUUCCACCUGGACUCAGACUUGAUGCUGCAGAACCCGUCAGAGUUCAGCCUAUCAGUGAAGUCCCUCCUGGAGGCCCAGAAACAGAGUCUAGAGUCUGGCUCCAUCGCUAGUGGAGAACACCUCUGCUUCAUGGGUUCAGGAAGGGAGGAGGAGGACAUGUACAUGAACAUGGUGCUGGCACACUUCCUACAGAAAAACCAAGAAUAUGUCAGUAUCGCUAAAGGUGGUUUUAUGGCCCUGCAGCAGCACCUAACAGACAUCAAUGUGGAGGGACCAGACAACUAUGUCCAUUGGAUAGUCAGCACCUCUGGAUCAGCUGAAGGAGACGCGUUGAGCACCACAGGGGAUAAAGGAGUCAAGUCUCUGGUCAACAAGAUGACCUUUGCCCUCAAGUCCAAGUCUGUCAUAGCGAAGGAGAAGAUGAUAAGCUUUAUGGAGAACACGGCUACACCUGUAGACAGAAUGUCUUUCACUCUCCCCUGGCCAGAGAAGGGGGUCCCUGACCGGCAUGUGAGCAGUAGUGACCGGGUUGGAAAACCUUACAGAGGAGUGAAGCCAGUGUUCAGCAUCGGUGAUGAGGAAGAGUAUGAUACAGAUGAGAUUGACAGCUCGUCCAUGUCGGAUGAUGACAGGAAGGAGAUCGUAAACAUCCAGACAUGGAUCAACAAACCAGAUGUGAAGCACCAUGUUCCCUGUAAUGAGGUCAAGGAGACCGGACACAUGUUCCCCAGUCACCUGUUGAUCACAGCGACCCACAUGUACUGUCUGAGGGAGAUCGCGUCCAGGAAGGGUUUUGCCUAUAUCCAGUCCAGACAGGCCCUCAACAGCGUGGUCAAGAUCACCUCCAAGAAAAAACACCCAGAACUCAUCACCUUCAAGUUCGGCAACAGCAACACUGCUGGAAUAGAGAUCUCUGCUGUGGAGAGGUAUCUGAUCCCCAACGCGGGUGACGCCACCAAGGCCAUUAAACAGCAGAUCAUGAAAGUUCUGGAUGCCCUGGAGAGUUCCUAGAGACAGACAGGGAUACAUGAGAGCCCCCCCCCCCAGCUGGCCGGGAGGGGAGACGUCUGUCUGUCUGUCAGCUGAGGGCAGGGUGCUCUCUUUCUAUUGAUAUCUCUCUCCCUUUCUCUCUGUCCUUUUCCUCUUCCCUGCCAGGCGAGGACCUGGACAGAUCCUGUGUUGACUGUUAACCCUCCCUGUCUGUUGGGCUGAGGGUGUCGUCUCUCUCCCUCCCUGGUUGCUGAGGACCUGAGAGAAUGAUUGACUGACUGGUUGAGUCCCAAACGGCACCCUAUUCAAUAUAUAGUCCUAUCGGGCUUGGUAAAAAGUAGUGCACUAUAUAGGGAAUAAGGCUCUGGUCUAAAGUAGUGCACUAUAUAGGGAAUAGGGCUCUGGUCUAAAGUCGUGCACUAUAUAGGGAAUAGGGUCCUGUCUGGGAGGCAUCCUGAGACUGUUGCUCCCUAUUCACCACCCUGGUCUCAUCCUGUCUGAUAUAUAUGGGUUACACCCUCCAUUACCCUGGUCUCAUCCUGUCUGAUAUAUGGGUUACACCCUCCAUUAUCCUGGUCUCAUCCUGUCUGACAUAUGGGUUACACCCUCCAUUAUCCUGGUCUCAUCCUGUCUGACAUAUGGGUUACACCCUCCAUUACCCUGGUCUCAUCCUGUCUGAUAUAUAUUGGUUACACCCUCCAUUACCCUGGUCUCAUCCUGUCUGAUAUAUGGGUUACACCCUCCAUUAUCCUGGUCUCAUCCUGUCUGACAUAUGGGUGCACUCAGAAAUGAUUCAGACCCCUUGACUUUUUCCACAUUUUGUUAAGUUACAGAAUUGCUCUAAAAUGGAUUCAUUUUUCCCCUUCAUCAAUCUGCACAUAAUACCGAAAAUAAUAAAGCAAAAACAGGUUUUUAGACAUGUUAGUGCAUUUAUAAAAAGUUUUAAAAAACUGAAAUCACAUUUCCAUAAGUAUUCAGACCUUUUACUCAAUACUUUGUUGAAGCACCUUUGGC